AUGACUGAAGAAGAACAUGGGAGAGUAGGCCGCAAGUUUUGGAAAACAUGUCUUCAUGUCUUUGAUGAAGCUUCUACUCCGAGGCUUCCUGUUCCUUGGAAGGAACUUCUCUUCUUUGAUGAGGCUUCUUCUCUCAAGCUUCUGUUCCCUGAGGGAACCUUCUCUUCUCCACUCUUCAUUUCUGAAGCACCAGUUCCUUCAAAGGAACUCUUCUUUAUGGAUAGCUCUGCUUUUAGCCUUCUUGUUCCUCAUGGUAUUUUUUCCGGUUUGCUAGGGGCACGUCCUGCAGGUAACCCUAUUGAGCAUAAUCAUACUCUGGCUAAAUUGGAGUCUCCUCUUAUUUCUGAUCCUGAAAUAUAUCGUCGUCUUGUGGGUCGUUUGAUCUAUUUAUCUUUCACGAGACCUUAUUUGGCUUAUGCGGUUCAUAUCUUGUCUCAAUUUAUGCAACAACCGCGUCAGGAUCAUUGGGAGGCCGCUCUUCGUACGGUGCGUUACUUGAAAGGAUGUCCGGGUCAGGGAAUCCUUUUGAGCUCUGAUUGUGAUCUACAUAUUACAGGUUGGUGUGACUCGGAUUGGGAUAGUUGUCCUUUGACGAGACGUUCUAUCUCUGGUUGGUUGGUGUUCCUUGGUGCUUCCCCUAUAUCUUGGAAGACUAAGAAACAAGACAUUGUGGCUAAGUCUUCUGAGGCCGAAUUUUGUUCAAUGUCUAAAACCACGGAUGAGUUGAAGUGGUUGAAAGCUCUACUUCUGAGUCUGGGAGUCGCACAUCCCCGCGCAAUGAGUUUGUUUUGUGAUAGUCAAUCUGCGUUAUAUAUUGCGCGGAAUCCGGUCUUUCAUGAGCGUACUAAACACAUUGAGGUUGAUUGCUAUUAUGUCCGCGAUGCGAUUUAG